ACUUUUAAGGGUCCGAUUUCGAAAAGGGCCAACUUUAGCAAAGAAAGUGAGACGUCAAUAUCAGAGCUUCUGAAGGCAUCCAUGGACGAGUGUGCUAAAGAGUUAAAACUGAAUGUAGAUGAGCUCAGGGAAAAGUCUAGUGGUUCCUCUGACAAAUCUAUCCAUUGUCUCUACUCUUGUAUUUUAAAAAAUAAGGAUGUGCUAAACGAGGAAGGCAAAAUAGAUUUCGACAAAGGACUCGAAGUAUUGAAGGGUAUUACGUCAAACGAGGAUGAUUAUAAGGUUAUGGAAAACAUUGCAAAAUCUUGUGCUGUGGUAAACGAUGAGAAAGUGACUGAUGGGAUCAAGGGAUGCGAAAGAGCUCGUCUUCUUUUAACCUGCAUCGCGAGUAUAAUAUAAACUGUAGAAAAAGAUAAGGUGUGCUACCACGACGUGACAAGAUGCGCAACGCAACGCACC